AGUUUCAAACAAUCGGUUACCAUUUGUCUAUCGUUUACAAGUUUGAACGUUAUACUUUACUUGUCAAGGAAAUCAUUAUAAUCUAAAAUGUCGAAGAAACUUGAAGCCGAAGUGAAGGCGACCAUGAAAAUGAUUCAACCGCCUCCCGAACUUACAGAAGCAACAGAAGAAUUUGUUACAAAUAUCAUUAAACAUGAAGCUUAUAGAAACAACGAGUAUAAAUGGUCUAUAGCUGAUUUCGAAUUGGGAAUGCGUUUGGGUAGAGGCAAAUUUGGUAGGGUGUACUUGGCCAGAGAAAAAAAGACUCAUUUCAUUGUUGCAGUAAAAACUUUGAUAAAGAAGGAAAUAGUUAAAGGCAGAGUUGAAAGGCAGAUACUCAGGGAAAUAGAAAUUCAAAGUCAUUUAAAGCAUCCAAACAUUCUGCAAUUACUUGCCUGGUUCCAUGAUUCCCACAGAAUUUAUCUUGUUCUAGAAUAUGCAGGCAAAGGUGAACUUUACAAGCAUUUAAAAAACAGCCCUGGUGGUUGUUUCAAUGAACAUUUGUCUGCAAAAUACACAUAUCAAGUGGCAAAUGCAUUGGACUACUGCCAUGAAAAUGAGGUGAUCCACAGAGAUCUAAAACCUGAAAAUUUAUUACUAACGAUAAAUGGUGAUGUUAAAUUAGCUGAUUUUGGAUGGUCAGUCCAUGCACCUUCCAUGCGCAGAAGAACGUUGUGUGGUACCUUGGAUUAUUUACCCCCAGAAAUGGUUGAAGGCAGAGAGUACUGCCAAUAUGUGGAUAAUUGGUGCUUAGGAGUGUUGUGUUAUGAGUUUUUAGUUGGCAAACCUCCAUUUGAAAGUGAAACCAGUAAAGAAACAUACAGUAAAAUUCAACAUGUCGAAUUAAGAUUUCCUAAUCAUGUGACUGAAGGAGCCAGAGAUUUAAUUACAAGGCUAUUAGUUAAGUCCAGCCAUAAGAGAAUUACUUUUCCAGAAGUUAUGAAGCAUUAUUGGAUUGUGAAGAAUAUGUAAUUGACAUUUAUAUUUGUAUUAUUUACUAACUUUUUACAAUAAAUUUUAACAUUUUAAUUUAAUCAUAAUUACGUCAAUGUAUGUUACUUCAAUUUUAUUAAAUAAAAAAUUCGUUCGUUUUA